AAAAGAGAAUAAUCAAGUGGGGGUAUCCAUUCAUGCUUUGCCGACUGGUCUUGGAGUGUAAGAGUCCAGUUCAAGCCACAACAUAUCACGACAUACCUUCGUGUAAACCGUGGGCGCCAUUCUACGACAACCGGCACUUACAAUUUAUUUAUUUAUACAUUGGUAAUUUUAUUAUUAUUUAUUAUCAAUUAUUUUCAUCAAUAAUACUUGUAAUUAUAUUGAAAAAAUCAAUUUAAUUAAAGCACCAAAAACAACUAAAGAUUGACGUUGGAAUUCAUCAAAAUUUAUCUGCUAGAAAAUCAUUAACAAUUGGUUAUUUAAACGAAAAAAAAAAACAACAAUUGAAUUUUGAUAAAUAAUAUAAAAGCUUAUUAAUUUGAAUAUAUUAUUAAUUGAUAAUUAAAAAAGAAAACAAAAAAUUUGACAAGAUUUUCUUGUUUUUUUUUACGAAAUAAUUGUUAAAUAUUUUGAUACAAUUAUUGAGGUUUUUUAAAUACACUGAACGAGAAUGGAUUUUAAAAAAGUGUGUGUUAAAAUGAUUGUUUAGAAAAAUAGUAACAAAAGAAAAAAAAAGAGUGACAUAUUUUUGAAUAAUAUGUGAAGACAAGUUAUGACAAGUCACGGCACGCUGAACUGAUUUUAAUAUAAUUUCGAUAGUAAUAAUUAGAAAUUUGAAAAAAAAAAACCUUGUUAAUUAUUAUUCGUGUGUGUUGAUUGUUAUUUAUGUUAUUGCUAUUUUGUUAAAUGAAAAUAUAUUGAUAUAUAAAAUUAAAAAAAACUGAAAUAUAAAAUAAUAAAAAUGAAGUGUAUCAAUGUUUUUGGUUUGUUGGCAUUAUUGCUAAUAACAUUGCCAAAAUGUUUUGGUAAUUUACUUGGUGUUGAAGUAGAUGAAUCAGGUGAAGAAUAUUUAAAUGAAUAUGUAUCAUUAGAUGAAAAUAAAUACAUAAAUUCACUACAAGAAUUUGAAGAUUCAGCUAUUGAAAUUGAUCUCAUUGAUGAUAAAAAAAAACAUCGUAAACAUGAAGAGCCUCGUGUACUUUAUCAAAUUGGGGACAGUGAAGAAGAGCUACCAGAAUGUUCAGAUAAAAGUGAGGUAUGCAGUAAGGUUGAUCUUUAUGGUACACCAUGGCUGGAGAGACAAUGCAGAUGUCCAGGUGGUAAAUCAUGUCCAAGCAGUCUUGGUUCAAAUGAUGGCUAUACAAUUAUUGAUAAAACACGACAAUACAAACUUUGUGAACCAGUUAAAAGACUAACAACAUGUCGUUAUUUCAAGGAUAUAACAUGGACAUUGGCACCAGGUGGAGGUCCUGGUAAUGCAACAGUACAAAAAGUUAAUUGUCGUUGUCGUUCUGGUAGUGUACCUUAUCUUGUUAAACGACAACCACAUCAAUCACCAGAAGGAAAUCAAGGAUUUGUUUAUUCAUUUGCAUGUUCACCACAAAGUAGAAUACGUUGUCAACACAAAGAACCAUGUCGUUUAUUUACUGUUCGUAAAAGAAAAAGUUCACAAAUUGAAGAGGUCAAUGCAUCACCAUUGUGUCAAUGUCCAAGUGGUCUUAGAUGUCCAAAAAGACAUACAGAUAUUGGAUCAUUACCAGCAAAAUCAUAUGCUGGUCUUUUAGAAAUUAAAACUUACAGUGGUUAUUGUGUACCAAAUCAUCAUUCAGAGUCUCGUUAUACAUUUGAAAAUUAAUAAUAAAUAAUGAUAAAAAAAUUUUUAAACAGAUAAUAAUUUUAAUUAUAAGAUAUUGAUUGAAAAAUUUUAUAAAAUUUUUAUAAAAUAUAUUAUUUAUAGAUUAUUAUGUAGUUGAUAGAUUUGUUUGAUCGACAGACGGUACUGAUUAUUGAUCAAUGAAACCAUCGAAUUUAUAAAUCAUUUUUUUUUUUUUUUUUUUUUCAUUAUUUUGUUUUGUAUAUAAACAUAUUGAUUGAUGAAAAUACCAAGAAGAAAAAAAAUUAUUAUCUCAUUUUAUAUUGUCAAUUAGAAAAAUUUAAAAAAAAAAAAAAGAAUUUUUUUUUUUUUUGAAAUUUUAAGAAGGCCAAUAUGUUUAAUUACCUGAUAUUUUUAAUUUAUAAAUUUUUCAAGAAUACCAUAGAAGGCAGUGCCUUGUAAAGAUCAUUAAAAUAAUUUUUUUUUUUUUUUUUUGUAUGAGGAAAAAAAGAGGCUGAGUGUUUGUACAAAAAAAAAAAUGAAAAAAAUUGAUUAUCAUUUUUGAUUAAUCAUUCAAUGGGGCAUACAAAAGCUUUAAGUGUUGCGAUGAUUGAGUUUGAUUGAGAUUUCAAAAAAAUAAAACUGUUAUUUAUUCAUCGAAUUUAAAAGUUUUUAUUCUGUUUUUUUUUUAUUGUAUGAAAAAAAAAAAACAAAAAAACAAACAUUCCAUAUUUUUAGUAAAACCAAUCAUCGUGACAAUUUUUUUUUUUUUUUUUUUUUUUUACCAGGUUUUUAAUGAUAGAAAUAAUUAUUAAUUAUAUUUUUAAUUAUUGAUAAUUUGUUCAUUUAUGUUAUUAUUAAUUUUUAAGAAUGUAUGUAAGAAAUGUUUAAAGCAUCUUCAUUAUAAUUUUCAUUACAAUUUUAUAAUAAUAAUUUUAUGUGUAAAAAAUUUUCUUUCAUUUUCAUUCAGGUUUUUCAAUGCCAUUUUUUAUUCUGAAAUUAAAAAAAUAUAUAUAUGAAAAAUGAAUAUAGAUUAAAAUAAAUAAAACUGUAAAUAUAAUUUAAACAUUAAAUAAAAAUUUAUAAUAUUAAAAAACA